AUGUACGCGUCGUUUGAGGGUUGUUCCAAACUGCCCCCUCUGAAUUUGCGCCAACGUGCUGCCACGGCCAGGGCUCCGUUGAAGCCGCGCUAUUCAAAGGAUCAACACCACGAUCACAAAAACGGAGUUUGCGAAUACUGCUGGAAUUUAGAAAUCCCACGCACACCCACUCUUUUCGACGAAACAACGGCAGGGUUGUCAGACAACCCUUUCACGGAAGAUGAUGAGGCAAUUGAUGACGGCGCAUUCAGUGAUUCAUCGUUGAGUAGUUGUUUAGAUGAAGAAGAUCUGCCAUACGAUUAUGAAUUUAAAAAUGCCAAUUGUGAUUUUUUUGAGAAGCAACUCAAAAUGGUGGAUGCAGGACGCAUUUCAGUUCCAAUGAAUUGUGAGGUUAUAACCAGGCGUCGUGUGAUAAGACGACGAAUUGCCCGACCAUCACCCCUGCCAUCCUUUUAUCAAAUUUCCUAUAACAGCCAGGAAGCAACAUCGGGUUCAGACUCUGGAUUCGCUUUUGGAGCACCAAAACGUGCAAUGAGUUCCGCUAACGUAACCGCUAGUCAAUCCUGGAAUUAUCGGAAUGGAAUGAUGUCAGGUCCACAAAGUCCAGCACCAGGCUACUCGUCUAUUCGUUCUAUCGGAGGGAGUCUGCGGGGUGGUGGAAUGCUUUCCAGCUCCCAAGGCUACUCGGCACGCCGGGAGCGUCUGCGACAGGAGGCUGAACAGGCGGAGGCACUGCGACAGAGCACUCAACGCAUCAAUCAUGUUCCUGCCGCGUCUUCCAAUGACCUGCGCUCCACUACUCUCCAUCAGCAACGCAGACAGCACUACCACUCAAUGUCAACUAUACAGGUGAACAUUUCUUACGCAAACAUUUUUUUCAUCUGA